CGAAAGUGGAUCUAUAUGGAAGGCAUUUUCAUGUGGAGUGAAGAUAUACGUGUGAAAAUUCCUGGUGAAACAAGUAAAUUUGCUUCUGUAGCCAGUCAAUUGAGGCUUCUCGUUGGUCAGUUGAGCAAGAAUAAACUGACCAUUGAGAUAGCCAGCUAUGGUAAUUUGCUGUCCGAAUUGCAGAAUGCAGACACAGAGUUGACAGCCAUUGAGAAGGUGUUGAAUGAGUAUUUGGAAGGGAAGAGAAAGGACUUUCCGAGGUUCUAUUUUAUUUCCUCCGCAGACUUACUGGACAUUCUCACUUGUGCCAAUGCUCAGGAUGUCUUUCGGCACCUGCCGAAGCUCUUUGAUUCCGUAAAAACCCUGGAAAUGCGAGGCGUUGACGCACUCCAGAUGGUGUCCAAGGAGGAUGAGUGUGUGACAUUCCAGGGCGCUUUCAAGUGCAGCGGGGCAGUGGAAGUGUGGCUAAACACCCUUAUUAGUGAAAUGAGGAGAACACUGAGGCAUGUCCUUGGCCAGGCAGUGGCGGCAUACAGGGACAAACCGAGACACGAGUGGCUGCACGAUUGGCCAGCACAGCCAGCUCUCUGCGCCAGCCAAAUCUGGUGGGCCGCAAAGGUGGAGAGGGCGUUUAGGUGGCUGGAAGAGGGCAAUGAGAACGCCAUGAAGAACUACCAGGAGAGACAGAAGAAGCAGCUGAGUGAGUUAAUUAACAUGCUCAUUGGCGAACUAACAAUGGCCGAGCGGCAGAAAAUCAUGACAAUAUGUACAAUCGAUGUUCACUCGAGAGAUGUUGUGGCCAAACUAAUUGCCGACCGAAUCGACAGCGUCACGGCCUUCCAGUGGCAGAGUCAGCUGCGACAUAGAUGGGAUGAAGAUGCUAAUGACUGUUUUGCUAACAUCUGCGAUGCCCAAUUUCCCUAUGACCAUGAAUAUUUGGGAAAUACGCCAAGACUUGUGGUGACGCCGCUCACCGACAAAUGCUACAUCACUCUGACUCAGAGUCUCCACUUAUUCAUGGGCGGCGCUCCGGCAGGACCGGCCGGAACUGGCAAGACAGAAACAACCAAGGAUCUUGGUCGGGCUCUCGGCAUGAUGGUGUACGUGUUUAAUUGUUCGGAACAAAUGGAUUAUAAAUCUUGUGGAAACAUCUACAAAGGUCUGGCUCAAACGGGUGCCUUCGGAUGUUUCGAUGAGUUCAAUCGAAUCUCCGUGGAAGUCCUUUCAGUUGUGGCAAUUCAGGUGAAAACCAUCUUGGACGCCUUAAAGACUGGCAGAACGACAUUCAAUUUCUUCGGAGAGACGAUAAAAUUGGUGCCAACUGUUGGAAUUUUCAUCACAAUGAAUCCCGGCUAUGCCGGUCGAACUGAACUACCGGAAAAUUUAAAGGCACUCUUCCGACCUUGCUCGAUGAUUGUUCCGGAUAUUGAACUGAUUUGCGAAAUCCUUCUCGUCGCCGAGGGAUUCCAGAGUGCUCGAGCCUUGGCAAGGAAGUUCAUCAGCCUCUACUCGAUGUGUCGCGAGCUACUGUCGAAGCAAGAUCACUAUGAUUGGGGCUUGAGAGCCGUGAAGUCUGUCUUGGUGGUGGCAGGAUCUCUGAAACGUGCAGAUCCUGAUCGGUCGGAGGAUGAGAUUCUCAUGAGAGCCUUGAGGGACUUCAACACACCCAAAAUCACCGUUGACGACACUCCAGUCUUUCUGGGUCUCAUUGGGGAUCUCUUCCCGGCGCUCGACGUUCCGCGACAGCGAAAUGAGGACUUUGAGGAGAUCGUGAAGAUGGCCACAGUCGACCUGAGUCUCCAGCCAGAGCCGGGAUUUGUGCAGAAGGUGACGGAAUUGGAGGAGAUUCUGCAAAUUCGCCACUCGGUGUUCAUUGUCGGUGCGGCUGGGGUGGGAAAAUCGUGCGUGUGGAAGACACUCUUCAGAACGUACGAGCGAUUGGGGCGUGAUCCUGUGUACGAUGACUUGAACCCAAAAGCUGUGACAAAUGACGAACUCUUUGGUGUUGUAAAUGCCGGCACGCGGGAAUGGCAGGACGGAUUGUUCUCAAUUAUUAUGCGUGAUCAGGCGUAUGCGUCGAAUGUGGGUCCAAAGUGGAUUGUCUGCGAUGGUGACAUUGAUCCGAUGUGGAUUGAGAGUCUCAACACCGUGAUGGAUGACAAUAAAGUGCUCACAUUGGCAAACAACGAGCGAAUCGCACUCACACCAUCCAUGCGGCUGCUCUUCGAGAUUAGCCAUCUGCGAGCCGCCACUCCGGCCACAGUAUCGCGUGCUGGAAUUAUCUACAUCAACAGCAGAGACGUCGGCUAUCAGCCCCUCGUCGUGUCGUGGCUGGAGCGUCGCGAGAGUGACGCCGAAAAGAUCAUCUUGAGUCACUUGUUCAACAAAUAUGUCCCAAUGAUUCUCGAGGCCCUCCACACGAGAUUCACCACCAUUAUCCCACUUGUGGAUGUCGCCCUCGUUCACACCACAUGCAGCCUCCUCGACAGUCUCCUCACACGCGAGAACGUCCCACAGAACAGCCCCAACGAGUGGUACGAAAUGUACUUCGUAUUCGCUGCAAUUUGGGGCUUCGGUGGAGCAUUAUUUCGAGAUCAGCAGCGCGAUUGGCGUUUGGAGUUUCAUCGAUGGUGGGUGAGGACAUUUAAAACAAUCAAAUUUCCCAGUGCAGACGCCACAAUAUUUGAUUACCACAUCGAUCCGGACACGAAGAAAUUCACUUUGUGGAAUUGCCUGAGGGAUGAAUUUAGAUUCUAUGCAGAAAUCCCACUGCAGAUGACCUUUGUUGACACGGAAGACACGGCCAGGGUGCAGUAUUUGCUCAGGCUCCUCAUCCAUGCCGGUCAUCCGGCCAUGGUUGUCGGCGGCGGAGGAUGUGGCAAGACGAUGGUGGUGCAGAGACAAUUGAGUGGCCUCCCGAGUGACUAUAUGAGUGCAAAUAUCCCAGUGAAUUUGUAUACGACGUCAAGGGGAUUCCAGGAGUCACUGGAGAUGCAGCUGGAGAGAACCUCAGCACGAUCUCUCACCCCGAGGAAUGGGCGGAAAUUGAUUUAUUUUGUGGAUGACAUCAAUUUGCCACAGGUUGACCUGUAUGGCACAGUUGCACCUCACACACUCCUCAGACAGUUUUUCGACUAUCGCCACUGGUAUGAGCGUGACAAGUACAUCCUUAAGAAUAUACAGAAUUGCUCCGUUGUCGCCACCAUGAAUCCCAAUGUGGGUUCUUUCACAAUCAACCCACGUCUUCAGCGACACUUCGCCACCGUUGCACUCGAUUUCCCUUCAAGCGCUCACCUGCAGUUCAUCUACUCUUCGAUUCUGCGACAGCAUCUGGAAAAUAAGGCCAAUAAAUUCACACAGCCUGUCCAGAAUAUCUGCACGAAUGUGGUGAAGAGCAUUAUGGAUUUCCACUUGGAAGUUAGUCAGAUAUUCUUGCCAACUUCCACGAAAUUCCACUACAAUUUCAACCUUCAUGACAUUACGAAUGUCUUCCAAGGACUCAUAUUUUCUCGGCAUUCAACCUGUCCGAAGAAGGAAGAUUUCUUCAAGCUUCUGAUCCACGAACUUCACCGCGUUUACGCCGAUAAGCUAGUAUCUCGUGAGGAUCUCAGGAUAUUUGACAAUCUCAUUGCCACAGCAGUGGAGAAGGCCAAGGACUACAUGGACGAAGAUGUGAAACUUCCGCAUCCUCUGCUGUAUUUCCACUAUGCCAAUAGUCUCAACGAUUCCGAAUACUCGGCCGUGGAUUCCUGGCAGCAUCUCAACGCAUUGCUGGAGGAGGCUCAAGUGAACUACAGAGAAAUUGUUGGGGCGUCGAAUUUGGUGCUCUUUGAGGACGCCAUGGCCCAUGUUUGUCGCAUAAUUCGCAUUUUGGAGUCCACCCGAGGGCAUGCCAUGCUUGUGGGUGUUGGAGGCUCUGGAAAGAGGUCGCUAACGCGACUCAGUGCCUUUAUAUCAUCCCUCCCGGUUGAGCAAAUUCAACUCAGUUCUGACUAUGGCGUGGCGGAAUUCAAGGGUGAUUUGGCUGUGAUGUACAAGAAGACGGGAGUGAAGACCACCAAGAGCUGUCUAAUGAUGUCUGAUGCUCAAAUUCCCACUGAGGAGUUUGUCAUGAUUAUUAAUGAUAUCCUCACCACUGGAGAAUGUGUCAAUUUGCUACCGCCCGAGGAUGUGGAUGAGAUUGUGCAGCAAGUGAGGUCGGCAGCGAAGCAGCAAGGCUUUGGUGAGGAUCGAAGCAGUUGCUGGCGCUUCUUCAUCGACCGCGUUCGCAACAAUCUAAAAAUUAUCCUCUGCUUGUCACCUGUCGGCGGCACUUUGCGCCAGAGAGCUCGGAAAUUCCCCGGGAUCUUCAGCAAUUGUCGCAUUAUAUGGUUUCAUGACUGGCCAACGGAGGCUCUUGUCUCAGUGGCAGAGAGAUUUCUCACCGCCUUCGACUUGAUGCCACAUGAGUAUGUGAGAACUGUGAGCAAUUUCCUGGCCAAGGCACACAAUUCGGUCAAUGAAGUGUCGACAAUUUAUCGAGAAACGGAAAAGAGAUUCAACUACACAACGCCAAAAACCUUCCUCGAUACCAUUGAUCUCUAUAGGAAAUUGUUUCGUGAGCGAAAGGAGAAAAUAACUCAGUGGAUAAAUCGUCUGGAUCAGGGAUUAAUCAAACUGGAUGCCUGCACAGCUCAAGUGGAUGUCCUCAAGGAAACCCUGGCAGAACAGGAAGCCACGACGACACAGAAGAAGGACGAAGCGGACAUUGUGCUUCAGUUCUUGCAGAAGGAAAACGCUGUGGUGUCACUCGAUAGAGCAAAUGUGGCCGAAGAGGAGAAAAAUGUGCGGAAAAUUGAGGCAAACAUUGCCGAAACCACUCGUCAAUGUGAAGCAGAAGUGAAACUGGCGGAACCUGCCAUAAAUCAGGCGAAAGAAGCCCUAAAUACGCUGGAUAAGAAGAAUCUGACCGAAUUGAAGUCCUUCGGCACUCCUCCGCCAGGAGUUGAGAAAGUCACUGAAGCCGUCCUGAUUCUCUUUGCCAAAGGAAACAUUCCCAAGGAUAGAAGCUGGAAGGCUUGUCGCGCUAUGAUGGGCAAAGCGGACACUUUCUUGAAUCAGCUCAAGACUUUCGACAAGGAGAAUAUCAGGAAGGAGACAAUUUCUGCUAUUCUGCCAUAUGUGGAGAAUCGUGACUUUAAGCCGGAGAAAAUGAAGGCUAAGUCAUCAGCUGCUGCCGGACUCUGUGCUUGGGUGAUAAAUAUAUACAAAUUUUAUCAAGUUUAUUCAGAAGUGAAGCCUAAAUUAAUUGCUCUGGAUUCGGCAAAGAAGCAACUGGCUGAGGAACAGGCCAAAUUAGGCGAGUUGAGUGGGAAACUGAGUGUCCUGGAGGAGAAGCUAUCGAAGCUGGAAAGCAAGCUACAAUUAGCUCUGGAUGAGCAAAAAGCAUGCCAGGACGAAGUGGAUCGAACAGAAAAUGCUCUGGAUUUGGCCAAUCGUUUGAUUGUCGGCCUGGCGUCUGAGCGUGUGAGGUGGAAAAAGUUCAUUGUGAAGUAUCGCGAGCAAAUGAAUACCACUCUUGGGGAUACACUAAUUGGUGCAUGUUUCAUCUCCUAUUUGGGCUGCUUCACACAGAGCUACCGUGAAAAAAUCAUUACAGAUUACUGGUUGCCGGCAUUGAUGACUCUCGAGCCGUCACUGCUCACGGGCGAGGACCUGGUGGACCUGAAUCCCUUCCUGAUUGUGUGUGACACCGCCAUGGUGGCGGAGUGGAAUAAUGAGGGCUUGCCGAGUGAUAGAAUGUCAGUGGAUAAUGCCAUGAUUUUGCUAAGCAGCGUGCGAUGGCCGCUCAUAAUUGACCCCGAAUUGCAGGGGUUGAGGUGGAUCAGGAGGCGCUUCGGGGACGACCUGGUGGUCACACGGCUCGAUGCUGAGGACUGUCUGAGUGUGGUGGAGCAAGUGGUGAGAGUGGGUGGUAUUUUGCUGCUGGAGAAUGUGGACGAGACGCUUAAUCCGAUGUUGAGUAAUCUCUUUGGUCGUGUUCUCACGAGAGGUGGCCAAGCUGUGAUGCUUGGCGAUCGUGAGAUUGUCUACAAUCCCGCCUUUCGGCUCAUCCUGCAGACGAAGCUAUCCAAUCCGCAUUACCAGCCCGAAGUGCAGGCACAGCUCACACUAAUUAAUUUCACCGUGACACGUGAGGGCUUGGAAGACCAAUUGCUGGUGGAUGUUGUAAAAUUGGAGCGUCCAGAGCUGGAGGAGCAACAGCAUCAGCUCACUGUGCAGCGGAAUGAGUUCAAGAUUCAGCUGAAGGAUCUCGAAGAUAAAUUGCUGGAGCGCCUGUCUGGUGAGACUGGCAAUAUUCUCCAGAAUUCGUCACUUGUGGAAAAUGUGGAGGACAAUAAGAGGCUGGCCGAGGAGAUUGAGAUUCGCUCUGCAGAAGCACGUGAGACAGCCAAGGAGAUCACAGCUGCUCGGGAAUUAUACCGGGAUGUGGCUAAGCGUGCAGCUAUUCUGUACUUCGUGCUCAAGGGCAUGCAUUGGGUGAAUCCAAUCUAUCAGUACUCCAUGGAGCUCUUCAGGCGCGUCUUCGUGAGAGCCAUCCUGGACACUCAAGUGGAAGAUACUGUGCGGGAAAGAGUGAAUGCAUUGAUUGAAAAUAUCACUUAUCAGGUGUACGAAUUUGUAAGUCGUGGCAUGUUCAAGAAGGAUAAAUCGCUUCUCCUUGUGCACAUCUUCCUGCAACUCUAUGUCCACUCCAAGGAGUACAAUCCGAUUGAAUUGGGCUUCCUGCUGCGCUGUCCUGCCAAGGCAGGAGUUAAAUCUCCCGUGCCUUUCCUCACCAAUGCCAAUUGGGGUGGGAUGUGUGCUCUGGCCGAGCUGGAGACUUUCCGUGACAUCGACAAGGAUAUUGAGGAGUCCAGCAAGAGGUGGAGACUGAUUGUGGCAUCUGAGGUGGCGGAGAAUGAAAAAUUCCCCGGCAAUUGGCGCAACAUGAAUUCCGUGCAGAAAUUGUGCAUUCUACGUGUCAUUCGGCCCGAUAGAAUGGUUUAUGCUUGCUACCAGAGCGCCAUCGACAGACUCGGGCCCAGAUUCCGCAGCAUCCCACCGCCGGAAAUGUCGAAAAUCUUCCAGGAAAGCUCAUCGAUGAUUCCCAUCUUCUUUAUCCUCUCACCUGGCGUGGAUCCGAUUAUGGAGGUGGAGAAACUUGGCCACCAGCUCAAGUUCACUGCAGAUGCCGGAAACUAUCACAUCGUAUCUCUGGGUCAGGGUCAGGAAGCUAUUGCUGAGGAUGCAAUUGCUCGAGGAGCAACAGAAGGUCAUUGGGUUAUUCUGCAAAACAUUCACUUGGUUGCCAAGUGGCUUCCAAUCCUUGAGAAGCGCAUCUAUGAGGCUACACGGGAGCCUCAUGAAUCCUUCAGACUCUUCUUGAGUGCCGAACCGGCAGAGGUGGCGGAAUACAACAUCCUGCCGCAGGGUAUCCUUGAGUCAGCGAUAAAAGUCACGAACGAGCCACCGUCCGGCAUCAGGGCCAAUCUCCACGGGGCGCUCAAUCAAUUCACUCAGGCCACGCUGGAGAUGUCGCCCAAGGAGCGCGAGUUCAAGGCCAUCCUCUUCGCCAUGUGCUACUUCCACGCCAUUGUGGGUGAGCGACGGAAGUUCGGACCGGCCGGAUGGAACAGACAGUAUCCCUUCAACUAUGGCGAUCUCACGUUCAGCUCCAGCGUGCUGAAGAACUAUCUGGAGGAUGACUUGCGUCCUGUGCCUUGGGAAGACCUUCGCUACAUGUUCGGGGAAAUCAUCUAUGGAGGACACAUCACUGAUGACUGGGACAAAAGGCUCUGCCACGCGUACCUUCAGGUGAGAUUCCAAAAAAAAGACCAACAACACUAUAAAGAAUUCCUUCGACCACCACUAAUCGAUCAUGAACUGGAAUUCUGUCCUGGCUUCGAUGCACCCGAUAAUCUCGAAUCCUACACUCAUUAUCAUGAGUAUGUUGACGACAAUAUUCCACUCGAAUCACCCUAUAUUUAUGGUUUGCAUCCAAAUGUGGAAAUUGUAGUGGAGACAUCGAAAGCCAACGAGAUGUUUGAUGUUCUGAGUCGACUUCAGCCACAGAGUGUCACCUCGUCGUCGACAGAGGGCGCUAGCAGGCAGGAAGUUGUCCGCGAUAUUGUGGAUGAAUUUCUGGACAAAUGCCACAGCGGCUUUGUGCUGGAGGAACUCAUGGCCAGAGCGCGGAAUCCCACGCCUUACACCAUUGUCGCACUGCAAGAAUGCGAGCGAAUGAACGUACUUUGGCGGGAAAUCAGGAAAUCACUGCUGGAGCUGAAAAUGGGACUCUCGGGCGAGCUAACAAUGUCCAGAGAUAUGGAUGAGCUGGAAAAUGCCCUGUUCAGUGGGAAAAUCCCUGAAAAAUGGGUCAAAGUUUCCUAUCCGAGUCUUCUCAGUGUUCACAAUUGGUUUUCAGAUCUGCUUCAUCGAGUUCAAGUGCUUGAGGUCUGGACAUCAAGCUUCAAUCUACCGGCUGUCUUCUGGCUGGGCGGUUUCUUCAACCCACAGAGUCUCUUGACGGCCGUCAUGCAGCAAACGUCGCGUCGCCAUGGUCUCGCCCUGGACCGGAUGUCCCUCAAUUGCGAGGUGACUGAGCAUGGUAAGACUGAAAUAGGGAUGGCGCCCCAUGAAGGCAUAAAUAUUCAUGGUCUGCACAUGGAUGGGGCUCAGUGGGAUGUGACUGCGAGACGAAUUGUGGAGGCGACUUUCAUGGAGCUCACGGAUGAGCUUCCGGUUGUCUAUUUGCGAGCAGUUCUGAGUGAGAAACAGGACAGGAAGGAUGUGUACGAGUGUCCUCUGUACAGGAAUCGCUCGAGGGGACCAACCUACAUCUGGACCUUCAAUCUCAAGAGCAAUGAGAGGCCCAGUCUGCAAAAGGCUCCCCGAGGCGUGACUGCGAGGCACAAAUGGUCAAAUUUCACCACAGACAAUCCCGAGACAGCCAAUAUUGCAGCGCAAUCAAGAAAUUACGGACGAAAGAAGAAUUGA